AUGUCGCUUCCCACUAAUAGCAGUCGGUCAUUUUUGGUCAUGUACCUUGCCCAACUGGCAGCAAACCCUCUUCGUACCAAGGCCAUCACUAGCUCAGUAUUAGCAGGAUGUCAGGAAGCAGCAGCCCAAAAAUUAUCUGGCCAAAAACAUAUCGACAAACGUGUUCUUCAUAUGGCUGCCUAUGGCUUGAUUCUUUCUGGUCCUUUGAGCCAUUUUUUGUAUGAAAUCAUGAAUAGACUGUUCGCAGGCAAGACAGGAAACAAGGUCAAGGUGGGCCAAUUAUUGUUUUCCAACCUAAUCAUUUCACCGAUCAUGAAUACGGUGUAUGUGAGCGCAAUGUCUGUUUUGGCUGGAAGUACUUCCAUAAAUCAGAUCAAACAGGCCGUCAAGAGCAACCUUUUGGGCAUGCAAAAGGUGUCUUGGGUUAUUUCGCCUGUUUCAAUGAUCGUUGCACAAAAUUUCCUUCCUCAAGCAACCUGGGUUCCUUUCUUUAACCUGAUUAUAUUUUUCUUUGGUACCUACAUUAACACCAUGAUUAAGAGAAAGCGUAUUGCACAAGAAAAGGCAAAGCGCCCAUAA